AUGGAGUCGCCUCCGAAGCGAAUCACCCGUGCACGGGCGGCUGCAAAAGCCGGCGAAGCAACGACCAAACAGCCAACCAAGAUUGUCACGUCGGCCGCCAAGGCAAGGACGGCAGGAAUGGCGACGGCGGGCACCAAGAGCACAGCCGCCAAGCGAAAGACGAGAGCGGAUGAGAACGAAAACGAGGACAGCAGCCAGCAACGCGCAACGGCCACGAGAGCCCUCAGGGCCACGCGGGCCCGAGGAGCACUAGCGAGGAAGACGGCUGAUGAAGCGCCCAGAAGAGAGGAGGCGGAGCAACCAGAAGCCGCUGGGCCAGCAAGGGCUCGUGGCCGACCCAGGAAGACGCCUGCACCCGAAACAAAAGAGCCGGCCGCGGACGCGGCCAAGAAGACGGCCCGAGGCCGGCCGGCGGCCGUUGCAAGGACAAACGGCGGAACAGCAGCCAAGCCGGCGGCAGCAAAAAAGACGGUCAAGUUCCAGGAACCUGACAAGGAAAACGUGGGCCCCAAACCGAAGCCCAAGGAACCAGUCGCGACGGGCCUCCGCGGUCGACCCGCCCGCCGCGGAGGGGCCGCGAUGACGGCAGCUCGUUCUAGCACGAGAGCAGCCGCAUCGACGACGACUGGUGACGACGGCCAAAAGAAACCACUGAGCCCCAAGAAGGUGACUCAAAUGCCCAUCACGCGCGACGGCGAUAGCUCCGAGGACGAGCUCGCCGCGGAAAAGACCAAGACGCCUGUCAAGGCCAUGAUGGUGAGCCCCAUCAAGCCGCCGGCGGGCGUCAUUGUCAGCACCAGAAAACGCGAGUCCGCUCAGGCCAAGUCGGAGUCAAUUGAGGCCAAGACAGCGCCGUCGCAGGAUGCCGUCGCCGCCGCCGCUUCUUCCUCGCUGGGGUCACCACCCAGGCGGCUACCCUCGUCGCCGGUCAAGGAUUCGUUGAAAUCUCCGGCGAAGCGUAUGGGCCUGGCACCAGUACCGGGAUCCGCGGUCAAGACCUCAGACCACCACAUCGAGCUCCCGGGUCAGGCGCCUGGGCUGAGAACGCCCCUUCUCCAGUCUGCUGCCAAGCGACUGCAGUCUCCCAUCAAGGGCCUCAACUUGCCAUCGACCGCUGCCAGCGGCAAACCUCUUCAUUCUCAAUCGGCCUUUAGAAAUUCCCUGUUCCAGUCACCGGCAAAACGAGCCAUGCCAGGCUGGAGGCCCUUGACCGAACCACGGCCUCGCGGUGCUUCUUGCCUGGGCGAGUCGCCUGAAAUGCAACCGCUGGUCAUGGCCACGCCCUCCCGCCCAGCGGGGACCCGCCCAUCGCAGAAGCUCAUGGCGGAGAAUUGUGUCACUGAAGACGUGGACAAUGGGAACUUGUACAGCGAUUCGACUGAGAAACCGCCUUUCUCCGGCCGUCUCUCUUCUGUUUUGCCUCGCCACAUCGAUCCUGCCCUGCGCGAGGAGGCGGAAGCGAUCGUCGAGGAGGAGGAGGAGGAGGAGCCGGAGGAAGAGGUAAUCCAGCUCGUGCACGAAGCGGCGGAAAUUGCCGAUCCGACAGAGCCGGCGAAUCGGACUGAAGAAGCGGCAUUCCUCUUCCCUGAGCCGUCGGGCGUGGAGUCAGUCUACGCCCCGGAAGAUGACGACGUUGACCCCAUGGCUCUGGACGAGAUUGUUGCCGAGAUGGAAGAAUCGGCAGAGCUACUACCACAAGCCGAGGAGGCCCCAACACAGGGAAACCCCAUGUUCCAGCUUCGGGAAAAGGACAUGGAUCCCUGCCACGAUCUCCAGUCGGAGUCCGAGGACGAGGACGAGCCAUCCGCUCGUGUCGAAUAUAUGGCCCCGACGCCUGCUCGGCCCACGCAGACGCCCAAAGGAAACCUCUGGAGGCCAAACGACUCUCGCAGAUCGACCAUUGGGCUGACUUCUCUGGCCGAGCAGUUCGGCUCCUGGUCGACGGUCAGCCCCGUCAAGCCCAUCGCUGGCGGAGCGGUUGAGGCCCUCGAGACCCCGAAUGAGACGGACUCGCCUUUCAAGGGCAGCUUCUUUGACGACGAGAUGCUGGUCCACACUGACAAUGUCUUGGACGUCGAGGACAUCAUCGAGGGAGAGGCUGCCGGCGACGAUGAAGCACUGGAGACGCCCCUGGACGAGAUCAUGAUUACCGAAGAGGAUGUUGCUCUGGCCCAAGAGGCCAACGACAUGUCAGCCAUGGAGCCGGAACAGAUCGAUGCCGUCGUCAACGGUCAGUCGUUUGACGACAGCCUGUCCGAGGCCAGCCAAGAAUACGGCGACGAGAACGAAACGCCCAUGGAGCUGCCGGCCGUGCACAGCCGGACUACUGCACCCGUGACGCCCGCUCGACCCCAGAGGCCGCUCAAGACGUUUUUCACGACAACAAAGGUGCCUCUGAAGCCCGCCGACGACUCGACGCCGAGUCCGCUGAAGAAGCGCAGCUUGAGCGCCUCGCGCGUCUCUCACAGACGCCCCGGCAGCCUGUCCCGAAGCGCGACUGUCAUUUCGUAUUCGCCAUCCAAAGAUAAGAAUGCUGGGAGCGCCUUGGCGGAGGAGGAGCGUAUCACGCCGCCAUGCGCCCCGGUCACGCCAUCAAAGACGGACAUGUGGUCCACCAUGGGAACGCCCGCAAGGACGCCUCGCCGGGACCUGAACCCGGCCCUGCUCCGGGGCGCCGUCGUCUUUGUCGACGUGCACACGACCGAGGGCGCGGAUGCGAGCGGCAUCUUUGUCGAGCUGCUCGGCCAGAUGGGCGCCCGCUGCGUCAAGACAUGGCACUGGAACCCCACGAGCCCUACCGACGGCGAGGCGUCGUCCAACAAGGUGGGCAUCACGCACGUCGUCUACAAGGACGGCGGCAAGCGCACGCUGGAAAAGGUGCGAUGGGCCAACGGUCUGGUCCACUGCGUAGGCGUCAGCUGGGUUCUCGAUUGCGAGCGAGAGAACGAGUGGCUCGACGAAGCGCCCUUUUACAUUGACACGAGCAACAUGCCGCGCGGAGGCGCUCGCCGGCGUAAGAGCAUGGAGCCAAAAGCCCUGGCCAACCUGAACGGCACCGUCGUCAGCAGCCCAGCCAAGGGGGCGUCGUCGCGGACGCCCAACUCGCCAGCGAACCGCCGAGACAGCACCAUAUGGAUGCGUACUCCCUCGGACCAGGACGAGCAGGGCGACGCGGACGACGACGACCUGGAAUGGUCGUGUGUCUUGUUGACCCCCGUGCCCAAGACGCCUGCCCCCGAGGCCGUGGCGCGGUACGCGGCCGAGCUGCCGGAGACGCCGUACGGCGACGACGACGAGCAUGACGACGAUUACGUCGACUCGUCGCCGGCAGGGCAGGCCCUCGUGACGCGGACCUGCCCGCCCAAGCGGAACCAGUAUCGCGACAUGGGCGAGGGCAUCCUCGCCAGGGACAAGGACGAGCAGGUGCUGAUGCGGCUUAUGGCGGCGCGGCGCAAGAGCUUGCAGUUUGCCCCCAAGAUUGGCAGCCCGCUGUCCAGGACAUGGGGUUGA